AUGGGGUUCGGUGCGAGCAAAAGCAAAAAAGACGCCGCCACGCCGGUCAGGGCGGGGAGGAAAGCCGCUGCACACGGCGAGCGGUCGCACCGGGCGACGACGCCACCCGCAGCGCGGAACGGCCACGUCACGGGAUCCGACAGUAGCAACGCGGAAUACUCGCUGAACAACACGUUGCGCGAUGCGGCCUCGCCCGGGGAGCCGCGUGGAUUUAAUAAUCCGCAGCCGGCGCGGCGAGACGCGUCAGAAGGCCGCGUGCAGCGCCGUCAAACACGCAUGGUCGGAGCCGAGGACAUGAAUGGCACGAAAGAGGCCUUAGAUGAGCGGCCGUUCCACCAAGAAAAGGUUAGUCGUGUACCGACGAAGGCGCUGCUGAAGCCUCCAAAGAAUCCGAACUCCAUGAUCGCGGACCCUGACGAUGACUACGACCUCUACUAA